AUGUAUGCAGACCCGCCAAAAUCUAUGGAGCGAGUAAGCCGCCGCGACAUCUUCACCUCGUUACCUGCUAGGGUGCAAUGGUUGCAUUCGUUUCUGGAAUUCGGAACUGCCUUGAUAUCUGGACAGAAGUACAUCAAGGCAGUCAUCCCUGCUAUCGUCAACAUAGUGUACAAGAAGCUUCUCAAGUACGACAUCACAGCCCGUGUCUUCACCACAAGGGAUAGCAGAGAUGAAGGCCCAGUUGAGAGCUGGCCUACAGAAGACAGUGCCCAAAUUGAGCACAGGAAGAUGUNUCUUGAGGUGGUACCUUACAAAGCUCAACUCCGACUGCACAAGAAUGGACUACUGGGAAUAUCUGGACAAGGUCGGGUAACUNUGAUGCACGUAGGCCGAGGUCGUCAGAAUCCUCUCCAUGUCGACUAUGUCUUUCUGGGCGCAUGUCUAGGUUUCAUUCAGGACUCGCUUUUCGAAGCCAUCCUCUCGCACCCACGCCUCGAAAUGCACCGCAAGAUCGCCAUCGUCAAAGCACUCGGCAAAGUAAUCUGGAUCCAGAACGACCUCAUCGAAAGAUGGCACAAUACCGACGGCUCCGAGUUCCAGCAAGAGGAAGCCGACGCACUGUUAGGGGAAAUUCAAGAGGAGGAUCGCGAGGGAUACCUACACGGCAAGAAAAUCCUCGGCGAUGAUGGCUCAUCCAUUUUCACAAGCCGUACUGGAAGCAGCAGAAGCUCUGACAGUGGAAAGACAUCACUGGGCCGCCCUAUCGAAGAAGCAACACACCUCGGCGACGGCAUGAGCAGGUGUCCUUUCAGCGGCAUGGCACGCACAGGUCCAAAUCCUGCAGAGCUGGAGCGCCAGCGUGCGACAUCGGCACCACGUUUGCCGCGUGUUCAUGGCACAGCGCCUGAUGUUCUUCAACAGUAUCACUCCCCGGGGACUCCUCGUAUUCGCAUAAUUGAUGGCAAAACAGUGCUGAAAGAAAACCUCGAGCCCCUUCCCAAAGUCUUCGAACCUAACAAGUAA